AUGCUGCUUCCACUUCGGCUGCUGCUAUGGCGCAGGCUCCGGCUGUCGCGCCUGCUCCGGCGACUACUCCCGUCGACACUACUCCCGUCGCCACUACUGCCGCCUCCACUGGUGCUUCGGCUUCUGCUCCGGCGGCGACGGCUCCCGCGGAUAAGGACAAUUGCUGUGGUGGAGGAGAAGCUCCGGCUGCUGAAUCCAAGCCUGCGGCUGCUGGAGCGACCGCUGCCGCUGGCACUGCCCCAGGGGCUGCUGCUCCGGCUGCUGGAGCGACCGCUGCCGCUGGCACUGGCCAAGCGACUGCUGCUCCGGCUGCUGGAGCGACCGCUGCUGCAGGUACUGGCCAAGCGGCUGCUGCUGACCCGAAUGCGAAGGCUGGUGGUGAUGAAUGCUGUGGAGGGGAGAAGCCCGCGGAAGCUAAGCCGGCUACUGCGGCCGCCAACCCUGCUCCUGCUGCUGGUCAGCCUGCUGCCAUUGCCGCUGCUCCUGCAGCUGCGUAAGACUGUUCUAACUACAGAUAAGAUUUUUCGAAGGACAGAUAGAGGAGGAAAAUCAAAAUCCGUUUUUCGGAAUUUUCUCGACGGGGAGGAAGUGAAGAAAUUGUAGUACAAGUUUGAAAACUGGAAUUUGAAAACUAUUGCGAAAGGAGGGGGAGAGCAUAGUACAACUACAGAAAGACGAAGGAGGGUAAGAUAGAAAAUGCACUAUAACAGAAUGUUUUAGGCAUCUCUUUGUCUUUCUUUUACUUUCCGUGCAUGGGAUUAUAGACUGAUUGGUCAACUUCAACGCAUAGGUUUCUAUUCGAAAUGCAUAGUCACAUGAUGAGGUGCCUGAACUACUGGGAUAUUGAUUCUACUCAUCAAGAAACAUAGGUGGUCACGGAUUUGCUAUGGAAGAUGCCAGAGCAUGUGGACCAACUCAGAGCAAAAUGGUGACUGUGGUGCUCAGGCGAUUGAUAUGGUGGCUACUGAUGUAUGCGUAGUAUGGAGGUGUUGUCUGUUGGGGAGGUGACGACCACUUCAUUUUACGUAAAGUAACUCGCGACGUGAUCUUAGGUUUACAAGAAACGAAAUCACAGAAACAGUCACUUUAUUCAAUUGCUUUGCACCACGGCCAUGCUCUGCAACGAAAAUUACGAUUAUACCCUCAUUUUCCUAGGUAGGUCUAGAAGUAUUACACCUUCGUACUCAACGUGAACGUACUUGGCGUAGUACUAGUGGGAUUAUACCUUAUUUAAUGCAAUUGAAAAGAACUACUCACAACUCAGAAUGUAAAAGCAAGAAACAAGUGGUUGAAAUCAAGAUUUGAAAACUGGUAAGAACUUCUGAAUUAAACAGCUCCAGUACUUGGAAAGGUCAAUAUGGCAGGCCACAUCAAACGCAAUAAAUGGAUAACUAUACAACUUAAUAGAUUGAAAUGAAGUUUGAAGUAAUUACAGACUUAUAAUGAGCACUUAAAGAAAAUAAGCGGUUAAUUUGCACCCAACUUACUCCCUUCACGAUGAUGAGAAUCAUAGAUUUAUAACGAGAACGAAAGCCAUAAUGCAAUGGCUACGGGUAAGAUGUUCGUCCAAGUGAUGAGUUCUUAGUGCCUCUAAGAUUGAUGAUCUUUCUAGCUUAAGAAUGUAUUCUGAUACAGUAGUGCUGCUACAAUGGAUCGCUACAGUAGUGCUGCUACAAUGUGUCGAUACAGUAGUGCUUCUACAAUGUAUCGUUACAGUAGUGCUGCUACAAUGUGUCGAUACAGUAGUGCUUCUAUAAUGUAUCGUUAUAGUAGUUCUGCUACAAUGUGUCGAUACAGUAGUGCUUCUACAAUGUAUCGUUAUAGUAGUGCUGCUACAAGGUAUCGAUACAGUAGUGCUGCUACAAUCGCUGCCACAAUGUAUUGAUACAGUAGUGCUGACAGAAAUACAAAGCGCAAGGUGGGUCAACUCCUAACCUAGUAGUGUGCUGGUUUUUAAUGUCCUGGACGAACUAAUAUGCAGCAUACGUCUACGCACGACUACCGCAAGCCCACCGCGGACCUUGUUAAGCACCUUCAGGGUAAGCACUUGAAAGGCACAGAGAACGAAAUGAUGAACCAGUCGAUCUAUUGCUAGAGCAGGAGGCAGCUAUUGGGGAUGUUUCACUAUGAAAGAUAAAAAAAAGCACUCAUACUCGACAAAAUGACCGUCAAAAAAUGAUAAAUAUCUGCAUUGGCGAGGUUUCCCAAUUAAUCUCCUAUGCAUUGAUUAGAAGAAAGCCUUUGGGCACCACCGAGGAGGAGAGUAUGAAGUCUAAUUAUAAAGAUAAGCCUUAAAAAGAAGUCGAAGAAGCCGAUGAAUUUAACAAUAAGAUAAGGUGAAGUUUUUAGUGUAAGUUCGCUCAAGCUCAUUUUCCUGUGAAGAGUAUCUUCAAGAAACGAAGAUAGCAGUUGUUCUAAUCCCAUAACUAAAUUAGUACUUGCACUCUGAAUGAUUGAUAAGUUUAAAUGAACAGGCUGACGGUGAUGCCUAAAACACUGCACCAACUGCGCAGUUGAUUCCUUGGAUUACGCUUUAGCCUAUGUUCAUGCUCGAUGUAAAUCGUGAAUAGCAGCUCACGUAUUUAAGUACUAUUAGUACAGCAGCGGCUCACGCAGACGAAAUUCAGGUGGUUUCCAGGAGAAGGUGGUCCAGGAAUUUGGGUAUCAACAAGUAGUAGACUACGAAGCCGCAGCAACACUUCGACGGAAGUUGUUGACUGUAUAACUGAACACUUAGAACUACUUGUUUGAGCAGAACUUCGCCAACUUCUGCUAAAAAGAUAGAUACCGAAAAAUGAAACCUUUUUUUUCGAGUUUUUCGUGCGGAGGGAUUGAAUCUUGGAGCAAGAGACACCGGAGAGGAAGUGACAGGCUUUCGCGUGUCGGUUGUUUGUGGCUCUGUCCUGUUGACUUCUGUCCGGCGAAAGCAGAAGUUACUGACCCCUGACUCUGCAGGUUUUAGUUUUACAUCAUGGCUCAGGGUACAUGUAGAAGUAUAUCCCUUAGGCGAGUCUUUUUCCUUAUUUUCUUUGGAAUAGUAUCAGGGGGGACAGUCUCUUCCAGUAGUGUUAGAUGUAGAAGUGAAGGGCUGAACAGCAGUCGGCCCGCCCAUUGUCUGUUCAGUUUUCUUCCUUCUCCAAAAGGUCG